CAUAUAUUACACAACAAAGUACGUAACGUGGUUGUUACGGAUGACAGAUAAGGGAAUGGAAACUCUGUGGAAGUUGCCCCUUCCUCUAAAUUCUCCAUUUUUCCUCCUCGUGGAGGAAGAAAACGGAAGGAAGCAAAGUACGCUCAGACUCUACAACGCUACAGACCUAAUUAUUAUGGUAGGUUUCAAUCGGGACAUGUCAUGGAAGGGAACUUAUUCUCUGGCUAUUCUCUGGUGAAAUUGUUUUCUUACAGUGAAUUUUGGUCUAGGAGUAUAAUUUAUGCAAAUGAAACGUGUGAAAAUUGAGCUCAAUGCUGCUCAAGCAAUGAGGUUUAUGCAAUUUCGAGGGAAAGAAGGAAGAAAGGGCUGGGAAAUUAUCCAAGUUAUGUCCUUUUGUUAUUUCUUUCUUCUUUCUGUGAAUUUGUGAAGUAGGGUUUCAUUUCGGGAAUUGACUCUGGCUGACAUCCAGACGCGAUGUCAAGUUGACGUUUGGCAACGAGAGGUGUGAACUCUGAAAUGUGGAGGAUUUAGCCGCAGAAAAUAAAUAAAAUAAUUGGUUUUUUGUUUGUACGGAUUGGUUUAAUCUGCGCAGCAGAUUCUGUGAUGAGUGCUCGACAAGCGGGAUUCUAGCUCGACUUUUUAGGAUAUGGACUGGGCUCUAAGAUGUUAUGAUAAUAAUUAGCGGGGUUCCACUGAGAGAUGCUGAGAGUUGGGUUUUUAAACAACAAAUUGAGUCUGGCUCUAAGCCAAUAUGUGGUUUUGUAGUAGGAUUUGACAAUGAAGCUGUCACUCGGCGUCUAGGAAGUUAAGGUCAAAUUAGAUUUGUCUCUAAAUUGGUAUUGGAAUCUGCAAUUAGAGUUUGAGAGGGGGAUUCUGGCUCUGCAUAUAGGGGCUUUUUAGAGAUCGAAUUGGAUUUGGCAUGGUUGCGAGCUGAUUCGAGAUGAAUUAUUUCAAAACUUAUUUCUAUCGGAACAAGAAGGUGUCACCAUCUUCCAAGAGUUCAUCGGUAGCUCCAAAUGGAAGCGAUUUUUCCUCCUGCCCUUGGAAUUUGCACGAGGGGGAUUCUCACAAUUCCAGUAACAGUAAUUUGAGACCCGUCUCAAAGAGUUCACCGUUACCAACGGGGAAUAGCACACCAAGCAGAAUGGGGCUGGUGGGAAGUGCAAAGGUUAUUCAAACUUUAGGCGCAGACAGUAUAGAGGAGGCAAUGGAUAUUAUCACUGUCAUGCAGAGGCCCAGUCCCGCGACAGAUUCAUUAUGGCCUUUUGGGUUGUUGGAACAAAGUGGUGAAAUGGAACCAUACAGCGAUAAUUCAAGCCCCUUCAAUUCUCAUCUCUUUGCCAUGAUGGCAUCUUAUCCAGAAUAUGUGGUCGAUCAACCACGCUAUUCUUGGGAUGGUCAGUAUGUUUCACCAAGGCAGGGACAGAGUAGAUGUGCCCCUAGGCAUGUUUCAACUUGGGACUCGGCCGGCAUUGGUGUUGGCUCGGGCUCCUCUGAUUGCAAAAGUUGUAAUGAUAGCCCUCAGUUAAGUCCUCAAGUUGCAAAUAAUUGUCAAGCUCACCCACUUCCAACACCUCCAUCAUCACCUUCAAAAUCAGGUAGAAAGAUCAUGCCUAAGAAACUUCCCCUGCCACCUCCCGUGAAAUCGUCGGAUAGGGAAUUCGAAACCAUUCAACGGUCCCAACGGAUGAAUCCUGCUAGAAUGCAGCUUCCCGCCCAAUGUUCUGUUUCUCCACGGCAAUGUCCAAAACACUGGUCCAAGGGCAAAGUUUUGGGGAAGGGAUCUUUUGGUACUGUCUAUGAAGGACUGAAUCUGGACGAUGGCAGUUUUUUCGCUGUAAAGAUCAGUGAUGUUGAAACUGCUGCACCUGAGGUUCGACAGGAGAUAGAUGUGCUUAAAAGAUUAAAUCACCCAAACAUUGUGCGCUAUCUGGGUAGCUCUGUUGAUGAAGGCCAUUUAUGUAUUUUUCUCGAGUUAGUUGGGAUGGGCUCAUUACGACAUGUUCUCGACAAAUACAAACAAUUUGAAGAGAAUAUGAUCCGAACAUACACCCGACAGAUAUUAUGGGGACUUGAAUAUUUGCACCAGCAGAAGACUAUCCACAGAGAUCUGAAAUGUGCGAAUAUAUUGGUGCAUCCAAAUGGGCAAGUCAAACUUGCUGACUUUGGUGUUGCCAAACAGAUGAGUCAAUCUCUGGCAAAUUCAUGCAAGGGCACCCCACUAUACAUGGCUCCAGAGAUGAUGACAUCAUCAAUGGAAGACCGAAAAUACGGUCUAGCAGUUGACAUCUGGAGUUUAGGGUGCACUAUUAUUGAGAUGGCAGACGGAAAGCCUCCAUGGAGUGAUUUGGAGGGGUUUAGCUUUUUCUUCAAGUUGAAUCGAGGGGAAUUGCCUUCUAUUCCAGAGCAUUUGAGUCCUGAAGCAAAGAACUUCAUCAGAAUGUGCCUUAAAGUGAAACCAGAGGAAAGGGCGAAUGUUUUAGAGUUGCUGCAGCAUCCAUUUGUUACCAAUGCUCCAGCAGUUGCACCACUUCUCUCUCCUUAUAGAGAUUCCCAAAGACAUUGGCUUUCCUAGAUAAAGUUCUGAAUAGUUUUUAUAAUGAUUGGCAAAACAAUCUUCUGGAAAUCUCUCCCAUAUUUCUUUUGUGAUGGGUUGUACAUGUCUCAUUUUCGGGAGGAUCUUCAAGUUCAAUGCAUAUACGCCUCUUGAUAUAUUUUUCUUUUAGUGACUUA